AGUACAAGUGGGGGUUGUUUGUUCCAGGAUUCAAACCUCGCAUUCAAUUCCUCGUAUUUCAAUUCAAAGGGAACUUAGCAGUCCGGUAUUCCCAAAAUUUCCAUCUCAUUAAGAUGCCCAUGAUGUCCUUUGGGUCAAAUUAUACAGGAAGCCAGCAGGGAGGAGCCCUUUGUUCACAUGGCCAAUUAAUCCUAGCUUUUCUUCGGAGGUCACCAGGGGCUCACAACUCAAUCCCCUCCCUGUUGUGCUGCUUAAAGCUAAGCCUUCUUCGUCCCAAAGCAAACAAAACCACCACGACGGCUCCAACCAAAAGGCAAAAGCUUCGUCCAACUAAAAUCCCCCUUUCCCUUGUCUCCUUCCAACUUCCCCCACUCCCUCCUCUUCUGGUCUCCCCCUCGACCCAUCUUUCUAUAAGACCACUCGCUUACGGAGCUCAGUUAUCUUUCUACCUCCUCUCCUGUGUCCCAAAUACUACUUUUCACCUCUUUCUUUGGAGUAUUUUCUUUGCCUGCGUGCCCUUCCCCUUCUUCCUCUUGUUCCCAGUUUGCUCUGUUUCCUUCAUCACCAACACCUUUGUUAACGUUGUUACCUCCAUUUCCAUCUAUCUGCUUCUGUAGUGUUUUUAGACUGCAAAAGGGUCCGUUCUACCAACAAAAUCCGAAGCUUAUCUCUCCGUGUGCUCCCCCCUGUUUCGAUGAAAACAUAGAUCUACCAUUCCUAUAGUUGUCAACCACCCCACCAAGAUUCGAGCUUUUCCCCUUAUUUCCUUUCUCAGCUCCUUUCGACUUGGAAAAAUCAAAUCUUUUGGGUUUUUGCCAUCGCUGAGACCUCUCUUUACACACAAAACCCAAACUUGUUGUGCCUUAUCGCUUCUCCGGCCGCUGCAGACCCAUCAAAAUAAAAAUCCCGUAUUUCGCGUUCUCGAUGCCUUCCGGGCGGAGAAGGUUCGUGGUGCGGCAUCCGGUGGUGGUUGACAUCGGCUGCAGCUGCCGGCGGCCGAAGAUCCCAUCUUUCUUCUCCUUCUCAUCGAAAUCCAAGCUGUCGAGGACCUCCAGCCUCCUCUCUCCUUCGACCACCACUUCACACUGGGAAACCAGCCUCACUGCCACCACCACCGCCACAGUCGCCAACUCCUCCUCUUCUCCUUCCCGAUACGGCGGCUCCACCUCCUCGCCGUCUUCAGCGUUCUGCCCGCCGGAGAGCCCGAAGUGGGCGGCCGCUAGGGAGCACUGGAAGCCGAACAAGAAGAAGAACAAGUGCGAUGCAUCGGGGACGCCGAGGAAGGGGGUGGUGGAGAGUAGCGUGGCGGUGGUGAAGGAGUCGUCGGACCCAUACCUGGACUUCCGGGACUCGAUGCUGCAGAUGAUCGUGGAGAUGGAGAUCUACGCGUGGGAAGAUGUACGCGAACUUCUCCACCGCUUUCUCGCCCUCAACGCCCCCCGCCAUCACCACCUCAUCCUCCGCGCCUUCGCCGAGAUCUGGAACGGCUUAGUCUCGCCCACUUCCCCCUCGCCGCGCCCCUCCGCCUCUGCCUCUGCUUCCGCGCCUCGCCGCUCCCGCCGGCGGUGAUCGCACGUGACCCAGAAAAGACAAGAGUUGAGAUCUUGCCACCACCUUGUGCCACGUGGAAAAUCAGAGGGUACCUCCACUGGGUGGUGAUAGGAUCUCAAAGUUCCUCUUCUCUUUUAACCAUCUUUUGUCUCCUCUUCUUACGUUCCGUCUCAGAAUCAAGAACGCCGUGUGGUGUAAUGCUUUCUCCUCUCUAUACUCCGCCAAUUAAAAAUCUGGUUGGCUUUUCGUGUGUUAGGAGCUGCAUCAACUUUUCGUACUCCA